ACCCAGCAGACGACCUCGACCAUCUUAGUAGCGUAACCGACCCAAAACAAAACUGUAGCUGUGCGGACCUCACCCCAUAUACCGCCUUUAUCGGUGCCAGCGGCGUGCGAGGCGAGGUGGUGACGGCGGCAUACGCACAUAGACACUCAUACUAUCCUCCUCUAACACCAAAAUGCCUUAGAGAUACCUUGGUGGCUUGUACUAUCGCUAAAUCGCCGCCUGUGCCGUGCCUGACAUAAAUUCAAUCAUUAUCUGCUCCUGCAUUGCAUCCUCGGAACGAAAGCGAAGAUUAGAUACUUGAGAUAAGGAGAAGGAGGAAGAUAAAGCGGCGAGGACACUACGUAUUGCUUCAGGGGCUUCGCUCGGUGACGGCUGAUAAGACGGCGGUGGUAGCAUGAAGUGAUGGAGAGUGUGGGCGUGAAGGCACGACCGAAGCCCCUUCUGGUGGCGGCGGUGGUGGUUGUGGCGGUAGUGGCGGCGGGUCCUGGUGCCGUCAAAGCUUCCUCCCGGAACAACGAAAGGCUCUACUCCUCCCUGCACGAGCUGACAAAUGUGCUGCGGGAGGGAUUCAGCACCCUGGCGGAGGGGCUGCGGCAGGAGAGGACCAGCCGGGAGGACUUCACUCGCUUCCUGAAGGCGGAGGUAGUGGGGAUUCGCAGAGCUGUGCAGGGCCUGUGUCGCGGUGUGCGGGUCCUGUCUGGUGGCAGCGAUGAGGCGUGUCUGGACCGGGGCGGUGGGGGCGACGGAGCGAUGCACAGCGCAGGUCAUGGCGGGGAGCGAGGGGGCGGAGGGACGGAGCUGACAUCUCUGGGAGGCAGCGGUCACUCUCAUGUUAAUGUUCAAGAAAAGACGCAUUCUAGGGACCGCCAGCAGCAACAGACAGCCCCGCCUCCUCCAGAUCCUAUGUCCUGCCCGCAACCCUACCGUAGGUUUGGCAACUACUGCCUCACGCUGCUUCGGGAGAGGGUCAACUGGGAGGAGGCUCGGGGGCGGUGCCAUAGCUUCGCCCAGUCUCUAGGGGCGGCGGGCGAGGGGGACCUGGCCGUGGUGGAGGACAUGGACACCUUCAAAGCCUUCGUGGCUGAGACAGACUUCCAGCCUCCACAGCCGCUCAACCACCACCACCGCCGCUACCACCACCGCCACUACCACUGUCACCGUCAUCACCACUACCCUCUCAACUCGUGCUUAUGUUCGGCAGGUGAGGCCCCGUCCGGGAUGGCGCUGGUGGGCGGGUCGGCUGACGGGUGGGGCGGUGCGUGGGUGUGGGUGGACGGCUCCCUCAUCAAGCAGCUCCCAUGGCUGUACUCGCAGACGGGGCAUGAGGGCACGGUGCUGGCGGUGGAUAGGGACGGCAUCUUCCACACCAUCAUCAGGAGGACCGCUCUGUGGCCGAUCUGCCAACUCAAGUAGCUCCUCGGGUCGCCUGCCUCGUAAUCGCUUCUGCCGCUGUAUACUCGUCCCUUCCAGCCCCUCCCAACCCUCCUCUCCUCCUAGCUUGUGUAUAGCCUCUCUCUCUCUCUCUCUCUCUCUCUCUCUCUCUCUCUCUCUCUCUCUCUCUCUCUCUCUCUCUCUCUCUCUCUCUCUCUCUCUCUCUCUCUCUCUGAUUCAUUUCUAUUUUUGCCCUGCCUAUAUAUAUAUAUAUAUAUAUAUAUAUAUAUAUAUAUAUAUAUAUAUAUAUAUAUAUAUAUAUAUAUAUAUAUAUAUAAUACAACUAUUAGUCUGCAUGUCAGUCAAGGCCGGCAGUAUAUGUAUGUAUGUUAGUCUUCACUUGCCACUUCUAUUUUCACCCUUCACACAAUCUGGUCUCGGAAUACAAUGAAGUUUUCCUCUCUUACUGUCCCGAAAGGCACGCCACCCUGAUUACAUUCGUCUCCCUCUCCAGAACUCGGUUUUCUGUAUGCCUAAGUUUGGUUUUCUCUUUCCGUGUCGCGCCUUACGUCUGUGCAUCGAUACCCGUCUCUCUCUCUCUCUCUCUCUCUCUCUCUCUCUCUCUCUCUCUCUCUCUCUCUCUCUCUCUCUCUCUGCAUUAGUGACGCCAACCUACCACGAGACCUAACCUCCUACUAACAAAUUUACGGGGUUAUUACAAAAUUAUUUCCUUUCUCACUCUAGCAAAUGAGACUACUAUUAUUAUUAUUAUCAUUAUUAUUUUUAUGGAAAGUGAUACUGUAUACCAUAUUGUUAUAGAUGUCAUUGCCGCUGUAAUUAUCAUGAUAAUUUUGUUUGGUGAAUGAACUCAGAGGCUGUACAUACGUGACAGUUAGGCAAUGCUAGGGUAGUUAGAAUAUAUACACAGCAACAGUAAGGACGUAUAUAACACAAGUAUGUGAUAUUAAUAACUAGAUAAAUCGUAGUUUCAUCUGCUAGAGUAAAACAGGAGCAAUUCUGUAAUGACGCCAGAAUAUCACACCCCUUUACACGCCUACAGCUUAUAAAAAAAAGAUACACAUGAUAUUACUGAAUAUGCCGAACAAUACUCGUAUACUAAUAUAAUAGUGAACCCCGUCAUUGGUCGCGUUGCUUCUUCGUUUCCUGUGCUGAACAACAACAAUCAGAUUAACAAUAAACUGGAAACAAUAAAC